UUUGAUCUAGGAAUCAUGGGCACUUCCCCAAGGUAAAAUGCUUGUCCGACACAAACACGUGUCUGACACAUCCCGACACCCAUUCUAGAUUUUCAGACACAGGCUGAGACAUGGGGGCUUAUAUGCUAUUUUUAAAAUGUAUAAUAACAGGUCCAAAUGAUUAUAACAAACUGGUUCUAGAAAGAUGCUAGGGUGGUUAUAUGUUGGACAUAAAUGUUGCAAACAUGCUUUAAUGACAUUACAACUACUUGGAUUUAUAUAUAUUUAUAUAUUUAAUGACAAGGAACCCCUCCAAAGGUAGGGCCUCUUUUCACUCACCCCUGCUGGGUUACCUUGGAUAACUGUAACCACCUACAAGCCACAGUUAUCAGGUAAGUCAGGGAGUCACAACAUGAGAUGAAGACAAGUUGUGGUUGAUCUUUGAGCCGCUUGGCUACCCUGAUGGAGUUCCAGUUGGAUAUCUUAUGGAUUGAUAUAAGCAAAAGCCAAGUUUUGACCUUGGACCUCAAAAGUUCCCAGCAAAACCACCAGUCCUUCAACUCCUUCCAGCCUGACAGUUCAAUCUCACAGUGAAAAGAGUACUGAAAGCAUCCCUACUCCCCGAUCCGAAGGUGAAAUAGUGUUGUCCCCUAAUUUGAAACCCUUCUCUUUUAAUGAGUUAAAGAACGCCACCAAAAACUUCCGUCCCGACAGUCUUCUUGGUGAAGGAGGCUUUGGUUAUGUUUUUAAAGGAUGGAUCGAUGAACAUACACUUACUGCUGCAAAGCCUGGAACGGGUAUGGUUAUUGCUGUCAAGAAGCUUAAACCUGAGGGUUUCCAGGGCCACAAGGAGUGGUUGACAGAAGUUAAUUAUCUCGGCCAACUUCAUCAUCCAAAUCUGGUUAAACUUAUUGGCUAUUGCUCAGAGGGUGAUAACCGACUGUUGGUCUAUGAGUUCAUGCCCAAAGGAAGCUUGGAGAAUCACUUGUUUCGAAGAGGGCCCCAGCCGCUUUCGUGGGCAAUAAGGAUCAAAGUGGCAAUAGGUGCUGCUAAAGGCCUCUCUUUUCUUCAUGAUGCUAAAUCACAAGUCAUUUAUCGGGAUUUCAAAGCUUCUAAUAUCCUACUAGAUGCGGACUUCAAUGCGAAACUGUCUGACUUUGGAUUGGCCAAGGCCGGACCCACUGGUGACAGGACACAUGUUUCCACUCAAGUGAUGGGUACUCACGGCUAUGCAGCACCUGAAUAUGUUGCUACAGGUCGGUUGUCUGCAAAAAGUGAUGUAUACAGCUUCGGGGUUGUUUUGCUGGAACUAUUAUCCGGACAUCGUGCUGUCGACAAAUCAAAGGCUGGCGUGGAGCAGAACCUAGUGGACUGGGCAAAGCCGUAUUUGGGCGACAAACGAAAAUUAUUCAGAAUAAUGGACACAAAGUUGGAGGGUCAGUACCCCCAAAAAGGAGCUUAUGCAGCUGCUACAGUUGCCUUACAGUGUUUAAGCACUGAGCCCAAACUCCGACCACGAAUGGCAGAGGUGUUAGCCACGCUACAACAGCUUCAAACUCCCAAAAACGCAGCCAAACACACCCAGCCAGAGCAUCGGACUGUUUCUAAUUCUGUUGGUAAGUCAGCAGCAAGACAUCACCGGUCGCCGAUGAAUCCGACACCAUUAGCAUCCCCAUUGCCGCCCUAUCGGCAGUCACCACCUGUACGUUGAGCAUAUGUGCAUGCCGUGUUUCUGGGUAUUUUAGUGUAAAUCUUUUUUCUUCGGCUUUUACAUUUUGUUGUUUAUAUAAAAUGUUGUAGCGGAAUGUUUUGUGAUGGAAUAUUGGAUUAUGUAAAACAUUUAUUUCACCACCUUGUUUUUAAAUGUAUCAAUGUAGCUCUUAUGUAUUUUUUGGGUGGUGCAAAAUGUUUUUGUUUUUCAGUUU